AUGGGGCAGGUGAUGAACAAGGCGAUAUCCAGGUUGCCGUUGCCGGCGGCCGUGGUGACAUGGGUCGAGCCGAAGAAGGUGAACCGUGACUCGAUCGAGUUCCUGGCCAAAGUCUCCGUCAACAAUCCCUUGUGCCUCCCCAUUCCCCUCUGCGACAUCACUUUCAACCUCACCACCGCCGGCAGAGAACUGGCGAAGGGGAAGGUAGCGGCUCCGGGAACACUGAAAGGGAGGGGAGUGACGGUUCUAGACGUGACGAUGACGGUUCCGUACGAUGCGUUGAUCAGUCUGGGUAGAGACAUUGGCGCGGAUUGGGGCAUUGACUACGAACUCGACAUUGGUCUCAUCGUUGACUUUCCUGUCGUCGGAAACAUUACCAUCCCCGUCUCAAAGAAGGGCGAGAUCAAGCUCCCUACUCUCAAGGACUUUAUUAAAUUGCCCUUUUAAUAAAUGGGUUGGUUUUCGUGGAUUCAAUACUCUGUG